AUGUCAGCGAAAGUUGUUGCCAAGUGCUUUUGGCAUUAUGAGGUGGAAGAAGAGCUGAAAGAAUGUGGUUUAAGGGAGGAGUGGGUUUUUACAAGUAACCAGAAUGGUGAAAACACUGGAACCCAUGAUGAUGUCCAUUACAUCAUGUGGACAGAAAAUGUUGUGAGGAACUGUAUCACCAUGUAUGUUCUCCUAACUGCAAGGAAAAGGGUAAAAAUGUCUGAUGCAUAGAUUUGCUAAUUGUGAAAUGAGUGGUCAGGUUGGGUCCUCUCAUGACAACCAUGAAUGUUUGUUGUUUGGACAUCUUCUAAAUUUAAUGUCUAAUCUACAUGUGUAUUCAUUAUUCUAAGUCAACCAGAACACUGCCAGAUAUUAACUUGAAGUACAUUGAAUUUAAUAGCAUAUCGUAUGUAGUUUGCAUAAUUUAGAUGGUGCCAAUUAAAACUGGCAUACUCAGGACCACCUUAAUUGGAACAGAUAAAUGUUAACCUUGUCUGAGCCUCAUUUUAAAGAUUAUUUCCACUCAGGAUAUUGCUUUGUUGGUCAAAAUUAAAGGUUUACUGUUGUUUAUCGAAUAUUUAUAAAGAAUUAUAUUUAUUUGCCCAUAGCAGUGAGUGUGAGAAAAAACUGGAAAUUCAUUCCAAUUGAGGUGGUCAUAUUAAAUAAGUCUGUUUCUUUACCGCCAUCAUUAUGAACAUGUGUCUAUAUAGUGUGUUUAAAAUAUAAACAAACUUAACUGAUUAUUCUCCCAUAUGUAUUUUGAUUUUGUGUAGGGUGUGGGAAACUUUAUGUUGCAGAUGGAAACUGGAAACUAAGAUAUGCACAUUGCAUGUGGAAAGUUCCAGUUUCUGUACCAGGUUUAGGAAAUGUCAACUAUCCUAACAUUUGUCCACUUUCACCUAAACGAGGCCAUGCUUUUUGUGACGUCCAUUGUGACAAGGCAAAAUCCACGGGGUAUGGAACAGAGUUAAAGAAGUUGUACGACAGUUGUGGAGUUGCUGGUGUAGAUAUUGGAGAAGGUAUAUAAUUAUCACUGCAAACCAUGAAAAUUAAGUGCAUUUCCAACAUUAAUUUAAGACUCCCGCCUUAGGAUAGUUUUACUGAAGUACAUUUCUUAUUCAUUUCUUAUUCAUUUCAGAUAUGAAAAACAUAAUAUUCUAACACAUUUAAUUCCCAGCUAUUGAGUAUUGGGUAAAAAAUGGUUUGCAAAUUUAACACAUUUAAAGCUGGAAAAUAAUGUACCUAGAGUACACCAAAUAAACUACAGUAGGUGUGGAGUGGCUUACUUUUAACAAUGUUGUAUUGUACACAGUCAAAUGCCAGGCAAAGAUAACUUGUCAAGGGGAAAGUAAUGCACACAAAUGGGUUGAAUAAGCAUUACUAAUUUGCUAUUGAGUAUUAGCAAUUACUAGUAAUUGUGUUCUAUUUUCUUACAUAAAUUUUGUUUGUUUUUAACCUUUUUAGCAUUGGAUGAAAUGUCAAAACAGCCAUUGCCAUUGUUGUCUGGUAAGAAAAAUCUUUAG